AUGGAAAAAAUCCCUAAUAUCUUUAAUGAAUGUACUAAUUACCUACACAGUGUCUUAACGCUAUACAAAUUAAAUGAUUUAACUCUACAAAAAUUUGAAAAAACUUAUCAUGAAUUAAUUACCGAUUUUAUUGAAAACCUUGACGCCAAGCUUAUUUAUGUGCAAAGGGGAACUCAUCAACUAAGCAUAUCGAAUAGUAAUCAUCAAACUGAAAAAGAUAUCACUUGUGUGAUUAUUAAAAACCAAAAUAUGUUUUCCGAGAAUAUCCCCAUAGCAUUUCAAUUAAAUAUAAUUAAUAUACCCGAAUCUCAGCCAUUUGAAACUUUAAAAUCUAUAAUCAAUCUUGGCAUUGGUUCUUUAGUUGAGAGCAUCUAUACCACCAACAUAUCCACAACCCUACUAGCAACAUCAAACCAAAAUAUUAAAAAAGAAAACGAUAAACGGAUAAUUGUCAAAAAAAAACUCAAGGAUUUGUCACUAACUCUUUCCAAUAUUUCAAAUGAUAUGAACAUUCCCUCUUUUGACACAACAUCGCAUGAAAAAAUUAAACGAUUAUUAGAAGAAGCCCCACAGUGCAGUAAACAUAAUUUUUCUGAAUAUUUACCAUUAGACUCUUUGUUAAAUGAUUCAACCUUUUUAAACGAAUUGCAAAAAAUAGCAAAUUCCUGGAUUUUAUCUAUCAAUAAAGUCAUAGCAAUUAUAGAGACACAUUUGAGACCAGAUUUUAUAGAAGAUUCCGUCACAUCAGAGGUUAGUUUUUGGAAAUCGGCCCAGUCAUCAUUAAUGAAACUGCACACAAGUUUGGAAACAUCGAAUCAUGUCUUGAUUACAUUUGACAUCUUAUCCAAAGCCAAAAGGACAGUUGUGAUUAACGCCAAUGAUUUAAAUACCAGCUUGGAAGUUACUCAUUAUUUGGAACUAGUGGAAAAUUUAAACACUUUUUUUUCCGCCACAUUCCCCUUAUUAGAUUUUUCCACUUGUGAAAAAUUUGAGGAUUUAAAUAAUUGCUGCAACAAAUUAGAAAAAGCCUUUAAAAAAUUUAGAAAUCUUUCCGUCGAAUAUCCAAUUCCUAAGAUGAUCCAGUUCGUGAAUAUGUGUUCGAUUGAGUUUAUCACCAUUUUGUCAUCCAGUUGCCUGCCGAGUGUAAAGACCAUGUUGGAACAAGAUGACAGCAUGUUUAGCGAAGUUAUGGAUAAAAAAUGCAAAGAAACUUUGUCUGGAUGGAAUGAUGUAAUUCAAUUCACCAAGUCUGUGUUAAGGGAAUUAAUUAGGAAAAGACAGCUUACGAUUAAAUUUUCAAGUUUGACCGAAAUGAACCAAUCAUCUAUGGAUUUUAAAGAUCGUUUAACAUAUAUCGUUGAUUUAAGAACAUCGUUGCAAGAAAAUAUCUUAUUACUACAAGAUUUUAAAUCCAAUGAAUUUCUGGAAAGUUUAAUGGCUAUCUAUGACAACAACAUUUCUGAAAAUAUACCGGAUGAUGCACAUAUAAUGGAUCUUCCUACAAAGACUCUUCAAAAAACGCUAAUGAUUUAUAAAAGCGAAUUAAAUAUCGUGUUAGAUAAAGUCAGGUUAUUUAUUCAAGAUGAAAUUUUGCGAAGCGUUGCUUCAAAAUCCCCAGACGAUCAAGUGUUUGCCAUUUUGCAAAAAUAUAAAAGUUUUAACUUACAAGAAAUAUUAACGGAUAAUAUUAGAAAUACCUUAUUGCUCAAGUUAGAAAGUAAAAUAAAAGUUUUGUGUAAAUUGGAUAAAAUAGAUUACAAUGAAUUAAAUAUAACCAUGGAUAUACCAGUGAUUUAUAGUAAAUUGAUUUGGAAUAGACAAACUAAAAAAAGACUACAUAUUCUAUUUGACAAUUGUGAAUUAAUCUUGGGAAAUGGUUGGCAGAGUACAUUGCAGGGAUCCCAUUUAUAUCAGCCAUAUUUAAUGGUUAAAGAUCAGUUGGAUGAAAACAAAAUAUACCAAACAUGGCUGAAUAAUAUUGAGGUUGCAGUUACUAAUCAGGUUUUUUCUGUAAGAAGCGCAAUAUUUAAAGUAGUCAAGGGCCCCUUUAAUACUUAUGAAUUGCUAGUUAAUUUUAACUAUAACCUUUUACACAUAUUUAAGGAAGUUCGCAAUCUUUUACGUCUAGGCUUUGAUAUACCAUCUAACGUUCUCAAGGCAGCAAAUAUUCUUAGAUCUAUUCAUCCUUUUGCACUGAAAUUACAAAACACCAUCCAGGUUUUCGUAUUGAUUUGUAAGAAACAACUGAUCGAAAAGGAUUUGACCACUAUAUUGCUCGUACCUGAUAUUAAGGAUAUAUUUGAUAUUCUUAAAAAAUCCAUAAAUUGCACUUGGGACACAUUACCAUUAUUCAAUGAAGAGAUUAUUUCGGAUGACAAUAAUUUAAUAGGCAUAGUAUCCACAAAAACAGAGGACUUAUUACAGAAAUGUCGUACAUUGAAUAAAUUCAAGCUAAAAUUAACACAUUUUUUAGGCCUAUUGCUUGCCGUUGACCUAACAAACAACUCCAACCUGACUAGUAUUAUGUUUAAUAUUAAGUCUUUAGUGAAAAAAUUAGUUAUUCAAGAUUUUAGCAAUAUCAAUUUAUUUUUGGAAAAUUUAAAUCGUGCCAUCUUUGAUAAUUUGCAAAAAAAUUUAAAAGCAUUUUUGGAAGAUGAAAAGCUUACAUCAAGUAUUCACCAUAUUUACGUCAAAGAACAGAAACUGCUUGUAACACCCCCUGUAGAGCAUAUUUUGGAAGGAUGGCUAACAAAAUUAAAUUUGAUCUUAUUUAAUGUUUCUAAUUUAACCAAAGUUACAAAAGAUCAAAGUGCAGUACAUUAUUUCGAUAAUGUUUUAUUUUUACUUGAGCCAUCUAUUGUUAUCUAUUUUGAUAGGGUUUUCUCUCUAUUCGACGAGGCCAAGAAUUAUUGGAAUACAUGGCACGAGUUGUCUUUCUUAUGGAACAAUAGAGAAAAUGAAAUACUAAAUGAAAUCACUUUAAAAAAUUGUUACGAAUUAUUAGCUGGAUUGUUACAACAUAGAAAAGUUUUUGAUACAAUUGAAACCAAUUUUAAGUGUGGUGACAUCAUCGUAUUCGAAUAUGAACAAGCACAGGUUAGAGUAAAUGAUAAGUUUGACCAGUGGCAAACUUUUGUAUCCGAGAAAUUGCAACAUCUUUAUAACUUAUACGCUCGAGAAGAAAGGGCUUUUUUAUUAAAAUCAAUAGCUACAUUGGAAAAGACAAAAGUUAAUAUUUCCAGCAUUUUUCAACUGAGCAAGUUACUAGCAUUCUUAAAUGAUUUAAAAACCAAAAAAGAAGAAUGUAAUCAGAGAAUAGCACUUUUAAAAAAAGUUGAACAGUUAUUAAAAUGUUCACAUUGGAUUUUUGAUGAUGAUUUUAUAUAUGUUAUUCAAUUGGAGAAUGAUUUUGUUUCCCUAUACGAUAUGCUUUCGCUUAAAGAUAAUAUUUUAGAAGAAAAUAAAAUGACGAUUAUCAAUCUCUUUGAAUCCAAAUCAAAGGGGUUGACCCUUGAAAUUGAAGAACUCUACAAAAAUUGGAAUCAAAAUAAGCCCAUUGGAGUGGAUGAAGAUUCAAAAUCUGCACUAAAAAUUUUAGCUCAUUUUGAAGAUGCUUCGAGUAAGUUAUUCAAUUCUGUAGUCAUGGUGGAAAGCAGUUCAAAAACAUUUUCACUACCCAUUUCAAUAAAUGUUAACUGUAUAUAUAGUUUGAAUGAAGAAUUGCAAAAUAUGAAAACCGUGUGGACUGUAAUUGAUCAUAUGUGUAAGACACUUGAUAAUUUAUUAAAACUAUCGUGGAAGGGGGUAGAUAUGCUUGAAAUUAAUACCAAGUUGUCCCAAAUGACUGAUUUGUCCGGUAAAGCAACAAGCAAAAUUUUACAAUACCAUAUUUAUCAAAGCAUUUUAGAUAAAAUUGGUACAUUACAAGAAAACCUUCAAUUUCUGUCGGAAUUAAAGGAUGCACCCAUCAAGCCUCGACAUUGGAAACAAUUGCUACCAGCUGUGGAGGAACGUUUGAUUGAAAGUGAAACUUUUACAUUAAAUGAUAUACUAAGUACUUCAAUUACUAAAGCAACAGUUACCACCAUAAUAAGCAAAGCACAAGCAGAAAUGAUUUUGGAAGAAUCUUUAAGUGAGAUUGAAACACAUUGGAAAGAACAAACGUUUGAAGUUUUGAAUAAGAAUGAUUUAUUGUUUUUAAAGAACUGGAAACACAUUAUUGAGCUAUGUAAUGAAGAUAUCGACACUUUGAACUCUAUGAAAGCUUCUAUUUACUAUAAAAUAUUUGAAACAGAUGCUACUGAUUGGGAACAUAAAUUAGCCAGCUUGAAAGAAAUAUUUAGUUACUGGAUCGAAGCUCAAAGUUCAUGGGCUUAUUUAGAAGGACUUUUAAUUGAGAAUAAAGAUAUCAAGAAAACACUUCCCUUUGAAUCAUCAAAAUUUAUGGGCGUUACUGUGGAAUUCAAAGCAUUUGUUUCAAAAGUGAUUAAUUAUCACCAUGUCAUUGAUAUUUUGGCAGUGGAAAACUGUUCUCAAUUUUUUAAAAGAGUGUGUCAUUCUUUAUCCAAAGUGAAAAAAUCGCUGAACGAAUUUUUAGAUUGCCAAAGAGCUUUGUUUCCCAGAUUUUACUUUGUUGGUAACGAAGACUUGCUACAUAUAAUUGGUUCCGGUUCGAACCUAUAUCAAAUUUCAAAAUAUAUUGGUAAAAUGUUUUCAAGUAUUCGUAGUAUAAUAUUUGAAAACAGCAUAAUCGUGGGGUUCGAUUCUAUUGAUGGUGAAGUAGUUACUUUUUUACACGCUCUUGAUGUUGCGGAAAGACCCAUCCAUAUUUGGAUGAAAGAUUUUGCUGAUCAAAUAAAAUCUACUUUGUUUGGUUUGUUAAAGAAACAUUUCAAUAUAAAUUUUAAUAACAUAUCGACCAAUUUAGUUUCCCGAAUUCCGUUUCAGAUUUUACUACUGAUUUCUCAAAUUAAUUUUACUGAAAAGUUUGGAAAAUUAAGAGAAAAUUCAUUUAAAGAUGCGACAGUGCUUUUGAUUGAAAUAAAAUCUAUAAUUUCACAUUUAAAUUUAUUGAGCGCAACUUCAGAAAAAAUUACAAGAAAAAAAUUGGAAGGGUUAAUCAUUGAGUUUAUUCACUUUAAAAACACUUUGGAAUCGCUCAAUAGCAAUAAUACAAAACUAACCUGGAAUAAUUUUCAGAAAUUUUACUUAAAAUCUGACAGGGUUGAAAUCGUGCAGAAUGAGAUUGCUUAUGCAUAUGGCUUUGAAUAUAUUGGUAUUCCAGAGAGAUUAGUAUACACUCCAUUGCUUAACACUUGUUUUAUAUCGUUCUUGACCGCUUUGAAACAGGGUUUAGGGAGCUCUCCUUUUGGUCCUGCUGGUACGGGUAAGACCGAAACCAUUAAAGCUCUUGGUCAAAAUAUGGGAAAGAUGGUAGUUGUUUUUAAUUGUGACGAGGUAUUUGAUUAUCAAUCAAUGAAUCGUUUAUUAUCUGGUGUUUCUAGAAUUGGUGCCUGGGGUUGUUUUGAUGAAUUUAAUAGGCUAGAUGAAAAAAUUUUAAGUGCUAUCUCUUCAGAUAUUGAGACUAUUCAGAAUUGUAUAAAUUCAAAAAAAACCCCCAAUUCGACUAUUCAAAAAGGCAUUAAAAUACAUAAUGAUACGGCCAUUUUUAUUACGAUGAAUCCACACUAUUCUGACAGGGUUACUUUGCCAGAAAAUUUAAAGAAAAUGUUUCGUGCAUUUUCUAUGGAAAGUGCUGAUAUUGUUGUUAUUCUUGAGGUGCUUUUGACAAUUCUAGGGAUCACCAACUCUUUCAACAUUUCGAUAAGAAUACAUGAAUUUUUCACUCUUUUAAAGACAAAAUUGUCUUCUCAAUACCACUAUAAUUUUGGCUUGCGUACCUUGAAAUCUAUAAUAAGGAAGUGCAGUCAACUGAAAUCAACGGGUAUCAAACUUGACGAAAAUCUUCUAUUACAGUGCAUUUCACAACAAGUUGAACCAAUUUUAAUUAAUAGCGAUUUAUGUAUAUUCAAAGAACUUUUUACCCACGUAUUUGGUGAUUUUGCUAUUCCUAUGUUUGAUGCAAAUAUAGAAGGGAAAUUUGAAGCUAAUCUAGUAUCUAAAGGGUAUGUUCCCUCAUUGAAUUUGUUAACCAAAUGUAAAGAGUUUUGGAAUAUGCUAUCUUCUAAUCAGGCUAUUAUUCUUAACGGGGAAGCAGGAUGUGGGAAAACAACAAUUUGGGAAACUGUUAAAAGUACUUUUGAAGAAGUUGAAAAAACAACAAUAGCAGCACAUAUUAUUGAUACCAAAACUUUAACCAAAGAGGAAUUGUAUGGUUCAUUGGAUAGUGUUACUUUCGAAUGGACUGAUGGGAUAUUCACCAAUAUAUUAAGAAAAAUUAAUGAUCCUGAUCUGCCUUCUUUUGACAAGCAUAAUUGGAUUAUAUUUGAUAGUGAUCUGGAUCCUACUUAUGUUGAAACACUAAAUAGUGUUUUGGAUGAUAACAAAGUUUUCACUUUACCUAACGGGGAGCGUCUAAAUAUACCUGAAACAUUGAGUAUUAUUUUUGAGAUAGAUAAUAUCAACCACGCUACGCAAGCUACUAUCAGUAGAUGUAAUGUUAUUUGGGUUUCUGAUUAUUUGGUCACUUUGCAUGAAUUAUUCUCAUCAAAAUUGAAAAAAAUUACAGAGCCAUACAAAACGACUAAUCCAAAGGAGGUGUCGUAUUUCAAAGACUGUAUUUUGACUAAAUUAUUUACAUUACCCAUUUUUAAUAAUGUUUGUGUUCAAUACAAAAAGUUACAGCACAUAAUGGGGGAAAGUGGAAUAAGAAACGUGUCAACGUUAUGUGUUAUGUGUGGAUUUAUUUUGGAGGACCUAAUUAGAAAAGAAAUUAAACAACCAGUGUUUGAAAUAUACAUUAAAAGAAGAUUUCUAUUAUGUAUACUUUGGUCAUUUUCAGGAGAUUGCUCUUUAAAAGACAGAUUUGCCUUUUCAAAAUAUCUAGUUCAAGAAUUCAAUGAAACUGGACUUGAUGACAACAAUAUGCUCGAUUACACGGUCUCUCCGGUCGAUGGUAGUUUUACCCUAAUCGAUGUCCCACAAACUGAUAUAGGACCUGAAUAUAUUAAUAGGACAGAUUUGGUCAUUCCGACUAUAGACACCAUUCGACAUGAAAAUCUAGUCUACCGAUUUCUGAACUCUGGGAAAUCAUUUAUUUUAUGUGGUCCACCUGGCUCUGGUAAAACAAUGUCCAUUUACAACUCGUUAAAAAAAUUGACCAACUUGGAGAUAAUAGCUAUGAAUUUUUCAAAAGAUAUAACAAUUAAACAGUUUUUAGUGACAAUCGAGCAAUACUGUAAUUAUAAUACAACUGCUGAUGGAUACAUUUUAUUGCCCAAAUCCUUUGGCAAGAAAUUGGUGGUUUUUUGUGAUGAAAUUAACUUACCAAAGAUUGAUCAAUACCGGUCGCAGCCAUUGAUUCUAUUCCUCAGAGAAUUGAUUGAAAAGGGUGGUUUUUGGAAUAGCAAAUUGAAAUCUUGGGUUCAAUUGCAAAAUAUUAGUGUUAUAGGCGCCUGCAAUCCACCAGAAGAUGUUGGUAGGAAUGAGUUGGCUCCGAGAUUUCUAAGACACCUUUCUGUUUUUAUGGUGGAUUACCCUAGCAAAACGUCUUUAUACCAGAUCUAUUCCACUUUUUACAGAUCAAUAUUUAAAAGUAUUCCAGGAUUUGGCGAUUAUUCCAAGGAAUUAACACAAGCCUCGAUUGACAUUUAUCUGGCAUGCAAAGAGGAAUUUACCAUAGCUAAGCAUGCACACUACAUUUUCUCCCCAAGAGAGUUAACCAGAUGGGUCAAAGGCAUGCAUGGCACUGUAUGUGGUCGCUACAACAUAGACUUGCCAUUUUUCUCAAGUCUAUGGGUUUAUGAGUGUUUACGAAUUUUUUCAGAUAGAUUGGUUACAAAGAGGGAUAAAAUCCGUUUUAAGAAAAUCGUACAAGACACAAUAAACGUGUAUUUCCCUACGCUAUUUCAACAAAAUUUUAAUAUGGAUUCUUUAUGUUUUUGUAACUUACUUUCAACUGAUUAUGAACAGGUGGAUAAAACUAUUUUGAGGAAUUUCCUGGUUGAGCGCUUAAAAACUUUUAGCGAGGAAGAAUUAGAUAUUGAACUCUUUGUUUAUGAUGACAUGGUUGACCAUAUAUUGAGGAUAGAUAGGGUUUUGAAGCAAAUCCAAGGUCAUAUGAUGUUAGUUGGUCCAAGAAAAAUAGGCAAAACAACAUUGGUUAAAUUUGUGUCUUGGAUUAAUGGUUUAAAAGUUUUGCAACCGAUAAUACAUCGUAACUACACUUCAGCCGACUUUGACGAUUUUUUACGAGAUGUUCUUUUUCAAGUUAGUGUACGUGAUGAACGCAUAUGUCUAGUCAUUGAUCAAUCGAACAUAUUGGAAGCGGCUUUUUUAGAAAGAAUGAACACUUUAUUAGCAAAUUCUGAAGUUCCUGGAUUAUUUGAGGGGCACGAAAGGGAGAAACUUUUUACAGAAAUUGCCAGGAAAUCUCAAGAAUUUGGAUUACUUUUGGAUUCUGAUGAUGACUUGUAUGAUUGGUUUAAAACGAAAAUAGCCAAAAAUCUUCACGUUAUAUUUACAAUUAAUGAUCCUUUUGAUACUGGUUCUGCCGCGUUAAUUACCUCACCCGCUCUGUUUAAUAGAUGUGUACUAAAUUGGAUGGGUGAGUGGAGUGCAGCUACCAUGAAGGAAGUUUCUAGGCAGGUGAUUGCCUAUGUGCCAUUAAAUGAAAGUAUAUAUGAAGCGCCUAGUGACGAAGUUUUAAAUGGAUUACCAAUACCAACUGCCAGAAAUGUAAAAGAGAUUGUUGCUAAUGCGUUUAUCUUUAUUCACAAGGAUUAUUUUUCUUUGUUUCAAGAAGAUAGUAGCAAAUCACAGCAAUCACCAGGUUUAUUUUUGGACAAUUUGAAAACCUUUAAGGCCAUAUAUAUUAGGAAGCAAAAUGAGCUUGAGGAUAGACAAAGAUUUAUAGGCAUUGGAUUAGAUAAAUUAAAAGAAUCUGUUUUAAUUGUGAAGAAAUUAAACAGGGAAUUAUCUGAAAAAAGGGAGCGUUUGGAGAGGAAGGAUGCAGAAGCGAGACUAACUUUGGAUCAAAUGUUGGUGGACCAAAAUGAAGCUGAACGUAAACAGGAAGCAUCUAUAGAGAUUCAAAAGUUGUUGGGUAUUCAAAAGGGGGAAAUCAAACAGAGAAAGGACUCUGUCAUGAAGGAAUUGGCUGAGGUUGAGCCACUUGUUGUAGAAGCACAACUAGGUGUUAAGAAUAUAAAAAAACAACAGCUAAUUGAAAUUAGAUCAAUGAGCAAUCCACCCACCAUGGUCAAAACUACCAUGGAGGCUGUUUGUAUAAUUUUGGGUUAUAAUGUUGAGGAUUGGAAAGAUAUCCAACAAAUUAUUCGUAGUGAUAACUUUAUUAUUAACAUCAUUAAUUUUAGUGUUAGUCAUGUUUUAUCUGCUUCAACGAAAAAAGUGAUAUAUGAGAAAUUUUUGAACAACAAUGUCUUUACCUAUGAAGCAGUAAAGCAUGCAAGUAAAGCAUGUGGACCGUUAUAUCAAUGGGUUGUUGCGCAGGCCAAGUAUUCAGAAAUCCAAUCCAAAUUGGAGCCUUUAAGAAUUGAGAUGGAAAAAAUUAAAGAAGAUUCUAUCCAGACCACUGCUAGACUACUAGCCAUUGAGGAGAUGAUUAAAGAAUUGGCUGUAAAGUUAGAUGAUGCCAAGAACAAAUAUAGCUCAUUAAUUCGUGAUGUGGAAAUAGUCAAGACAGAGAUGAGUGUAGUAGAGAAUAAAUUGAAAAGAUCUGUUAAAUUAAUUGAAAAUUUGAGAUCAGAAGGAUCUAGGUGGUCAUCAAACACGGAGCAGUUUGAAAAGGAAUGGUGUAAUAUGUUGGGCAAUUGUUUAUUAUCGUCGUCUUAUAACACUUAUGCCGGAUACCAUGAUCAAAAGCAACGUUUACUAAUUAUCAAGGAUAUCAUGAGAUUGUUGAAACAUUUAAAUGUUGGUUACGAUUUAGCUUAUACUUACAACAAUUACAUGGUGGAUUCUGCAACCAGAGCGGAAUGGGUUAAUAAGCACGGUUUAAGAGAUGAUGACUUAUCUGUAGAAAAUUUCCAUUUAGUUACAACGUCAGAAAAGGUACCUUUUAUUAUAGAUCCUGAUUCAGCAUGUGUUUCUGCUUUGCAAUCCUUUUAUGGGAAUUGCUUUUGUUUAAGUUUUUUGGAUCCAGGUUAUAUCAAACAGGUGGAAAAUGUUUUAAGAUUUGGUGGAUGUUUAAUAUUAAAGGAUGCCGAAUUUUAUGAUCCAAUAAUUUCCAAGUUAAUUGAUAAAGAUUAUGAUACGUCUAGUAGCAGGACAGUUGUACGACUUGGGAAAAAUAUGGUUGAUGUUUCCAGUAACUUUAAACUAAUCCUAUUCACUAAAGAUCCUAGGGUGGCACUUCCUGAGUUUUGGGGAGAAAGGACUAAGAUAGUGAAUUACACGGUUGGUAAAGGUAAUAUUGAAACUCAAAUUCUAGAUUUGACUUUGGCAAAUGAAACGCCUAAAAUUCAAGGCGAAAGAAAGGAGUUGUUGAAAUUAAAUGGUGAAUAUAAAUCCAGAUUAAGAUGUUUGGAAAGACAGUUAUUAGAACAAUUGAAUAAUAGUGGGGACGGGAAUAUUUUGGAGAAUGACGAACUAAUUACAACAUUGGAAACGAUUAAGGAAAAUGCUGAGGAGAUUGAGAGCAAAAUGGGAAGGACGGAAGAGGUUAUUGAAAACUUGGAAAGUACCAUUGACAAAUAUUAUGUUAUAUCUGAUGUUUGUUCCAAGAUCUACCAAGUUUUAGAAAACAUGGAAAGCUUGCAUUGGUUUUAUAAGGUGUCUGUUAACCAAUUCAUCAGCUAUUGCAGAUUGAUGUUUCAAAUUGAACCAUUUGAUGAACAAACCCAGCACGAUAGAGUUUUAUUUUUAGUCAAUAGCGUUUUGAAGGUAAUUUUCAAAAAAUUUUCAAAGUUAUUUAUUCAAAGAGAUAAGUAUAUAUUUGGUAUGUUGUUGGUAAAAAUUUUGCUAGAUAUCCAGCCAAAUCAAUAUACUAUCAGUUUUGAUAAACUUAUGGAGUCUUUUGGUGUUAAAAGUCUGGAUAAAAUAAAGGGGCUUAUUGGUGAGUAUUUGCAAAUCACUUCUAGUGAGGAGAAUGAAGCUACUGAUUUUGAUUUUGAAAUGAAUGAGUAUAUUAUAGCGUCUGAACAUGGUUUGGAUGGUAGUUUUAAAGUGGCUCAAUACGCCCAAGUAUGUGGAAUGGAUUUGAAAGUAAUUUCUUUAGGUUCAAAAGAGUCUACUGUUAAUGCUGAAGUUGAAUUAGAGAGAUUGAAUGGAAAUAAGGGAAAUAAGGCAGACUGGCUACUACUACUACAAAACCUGGAGAUGUCUUCAGAAUGGGUAGAAACUAAAUUGUUGCAAAAAAUUAACAACAACAAGGGUAAGCUUUUCAUGACAUGUUGUUUAGACAAUAUUGCCAACAAUAACAGUAGUCGUACUUCAAUACCCACUACUUUGUUGUUAAAAAGUGACAAAACAUGUUAUGAAGAUAAUCCGAGUGUAUUUGGUGUAUUAAACGACAUUUGGUUCGGCAAUUAUAUUGAUAAAUGUGAUUUUGAACAACGUUAUCCUAUUGAAUUAAUACAUUGUUUUUUUUUGCUCGCAUGGUUUCACUCAUUGUCUUCUGUUCGUUGUAAAAAAUAUAGCUCAAUUAAAUCGCGGAACUCCAGAUAUGAAAACAUAGACGAAACCGAUUUUAAAUUUAUGGUCAAUUAUUUAACACAAAUCUUUCAGGAUGUAUCAAAGAAAAAUAUUGACAUAGACAAUGAUAUACCAUGGGAUGUUCUGCGUUAUUUAAUUGUUGAAAUAGUAUAUGGGGGGAAAUUCAUUAAAGCUAGUGGACGGGGCGGCGAUAAAGAUAUUUUGGAAUAUAUCACUAGUCUAAGUAAAAGAUUAUUCAAUGCUUCAAGCUUCAAACCAGAUUUUGAAUUGAUCGAGAAUACCGAGCUCAUAGCGCCAUUGAAUAAAACCACGUUUGCCAGUUAUGAUAAAUGGAUCAAGGAUGCCAAAAGGGAAGAUAAAGCAAGCUGGUUUGGGCUAUCGCCUGAUGCUACUGGAAAGUUAGAUGAGGAGUUGUGUGCCGUUAUCCUAAAGAAAAUUGACUCUUUGAAAUGA